AUGACCUUCCAUCCAGAUACACUCCCCAGACUCAAAGGCAAGGUGUUCAUAGUCACUGGUGGAAAUUCCGGCAUUGGCUACCACACCGUGGCUCGGUUAGCUGAGCACGACGCACACGUUUACCUUUGCGCCCGAUCAGUCGAGAAAGGCACAGCAGCUAUUUCCAGAAUCAAGGAAAUGCACCCAUCAGCCAACAUCGAUCUUCUGCAACUGGACCACAUGGACCUUGCCAGUGUCGUUUCGGCCGCUAAGCGGUUCCUGGCUCUUGAAACGGCACUUCACGGCUUGGUCAAUAACGCAGGAAUUAUGGCGACGCCCUUCCAAAUGACUAAAUACGGCCACGAAGCUCAAUGGCAGACCAAUUAG